UCAUUAAUGGUACCGAAUAUGCGCAAAAAAAGUAACCAAUCGAAUUUUGACGUCCUCGUCUAUAAUCCAAGGUUACACUUGCCUCUAUAUUCCUAAAUCCAUGGCCGCCACCCACAAUAUUGACGUGACGAACACUAACAUAUCUUUUAAUCACGUUCGAUGUUCUGUCGAUAGACAGACGAGUCAUGUUUUGAUGAGAAUCGCCGUUUGAACGUGACUGUUAUUUUUUACAUUUUUAUAUUAAUCGAAAAAAUCGUGAUAAGGCAUAAAAGGGAAUACGGUAAGAGCGCAAAAUUGCGCGCUAAAAUGAGUCUUAGCAUAACAAAGUUAUUUUCACGGAAGAAAACCGGUACAAUUGACACGGUUGCCGAGAUUGGGCCACCCACUAACGUUUCCCAUAAAUUUCAUGUGAGUAAAAAUGCCGAAACGGGACAAUUGGAGGGUCUUCCUGAAUCAUGGAUCCGUUUGCUCAAUACACAAAUAUCAAAAUCGGAACAGGAUGAACAUCCUGCCGCGGCUCUGCAAGCUAUUAAAUUCUAUAAUUAUUCAAUAAAACGAAAACCAGAGGAAAAAGUAUUCAAACCUUUCGUUACACAAGAUUUAAUUGAAGAGGAGUCUCAAGAAAUCGAUAAAAUCUUGUCAAAGAAAUAUCAAUCUGGAGAUUCUGAUGGCUCGAUUUCAGCAAAUUCCACAGACAGUCAGGUGCAAUUGCCAGAACUUCCACCUAAAGUGAACAAAAUUCCAAAACCUACGUCACAAAUAUAUUCAGAUAGGGCAGAGAAAACUUUUACAGAAAUUCUUGAAGAUUUAAAUUCGUGCCAGCUUGAUUAUGAUAUAUUACCAGAUAAUGAAAAUACAUUAAACAACGUAGAAGAAAGCCCUAUUUUACGCAGGAAAACAGAGUAUUCAGGAGCAAAACUUAGUGAUGAAGAAGUUUUUGAAGAACUCAGAGCUAUUUGCCAUAGCGGAGAUCCAAAUUUACGUUUCGAAAAGACCAAAGAAGUUGGGGCUGGUGCUUCUGGCACUGUCUUUAUAGCUACUGAUUUACAAACUGAUCAAAGAGUUGCUAUAAAAGAUAUAGAUCUAUCCAAGCAGCCAAAAAAAGACCUUAUACUGACUGAAAUUAAAGUGCUCAAGGAAUUUCAGCAUCCAAAUCUGGUGAACUUUCUAGAUGCGUAUCUUGUAGAUGAGCAUCUGUGGGUUAUAAUGGAAUUAUUAGAAGGUGGACCACUUACAGAUGUUGUUACUGAGACUGUAAUGAAAGAAGCACAGAUUGCUGCAGUUUGCAGAGAAGUUUUAAAGGCAAUUAGUUUUUUACAUACAAGAGGAAUUAUUCAUAGAGAUAUUAAAUCCGAUAAUGUGCUUCUUGGUAUGAAUGGUGCUGUGAAAGUUACAGACUUUGGUUUUUGUGCUAAUAUCGAUGGUGAUGAGAAAAGACAAACUAUGGUUGGAACACCUUACUGGAUGGCACCAGAAGUUGUGACAAGAAAACAAUAUGGGAAAAAAGUGGAUAUUUGGUCUUUAGGUAUUAUGGCUAUUGAAAUGAUAGAAGGUGAACCACCUUAUAUGAAGGAAACACCCUUGAGAGCAUUAUAUUUAAUCGCAGCUGUUGGUAAACCUUCUAUUCCUAGAUGGGAAACUCUAAGUUCAACGUUUCAAAAUUUCCUAGAAAGAUGUUUAGCGGUUGAAGUUGAUGAAAGAGCAACUGCCGAUGAAUUGUUAUCUCAUCCAUUCUUGGAAAACUGUGCAGAAUUAACUACUCUUACACCAUUGAUAAGAGCAGCGCAAAGGAUUCUUCAUAAAGCAUUUAACUAAGUAUUCUUAUUUCAUUUUUUCGAGUAGAUGACAAAUAUUCAUUUUCAUGUUAAUAUGCAUUUAAUAUUUUGAGUACGCGUGCAAAGUUGCACCAGUAUAAUUUACAUAAUGUAAAAGUAUAAAAGUAUUUUUUACACUGCACAAUCAGUAUAAAGUAUGUGUGUGCAAUGCAGUGGUUUCACAUAUUUAAUGUGACCACCUACAAUGUGUAUAUCAAUGUGUUACCAAAUUUAAAGUAGGGGUAAAAUAAGAUACAAUAGUGAAGAAAUAUUAUAAAAUAAUUUAUAGGAAGUAAUUUAAACUAAGUUAGUUCUCAUAGUCUGUUAUAAAAAAAAUCAUUAUUAAUAUAAAUUAUUAAUAAUUAUGUGCAAUAUCUAUUGCGUAAGUUCUUUGUUUUUUAUAUAUAUAUAUAUAUUUUUGAUCUCUUUCACUCAAGGAAAUUCAGUCUUGUAUCUUUUGUUAUCAAUUUUAAAAUGGAAGUAGGUGCAAACAGUGCAAGUCAUUAUUGUGCUAAAAGAACAUAUUUGGUGUUCUGUAUUAGAUUAAGAUGAUAUUUUGAAAUUGCUUGCAUUUAUAAUGGAGUAUGAGUUGUAUCACAUUUUUAUUAAAGUAUUGUACUUAGAUUAUAGAAGAACUGAAAGUGCAAGGUAUGCGCACACACUAUCAAUCAGGGGUUCAACAGUAACUUAUUUUGUUUGAUAACUAUUACAACACCAUGGAAAAUAAUAAUUACAGUUUAAUCAUAGUACAAAUUAAAUUUUAAACUAAUAACAUUACCAAAUUAACAAUUUAAGUAUACAGUGUAUUUCAUUUUUUAUCUCUACUAUUUACACUUUUUAAAUUGCAUUCCUUUAUUGUUUAGAAUCUGUUAGUUUAUUAAGUAAAAAUAAUUAUGCCAUACAUUUUGAAUCAAAGUCAUGUAUAAAAUAGGUUCUGUAGUAUGUAUUAUUUAAUGAUUCUUUAAAUUAUCAUUAUUCAAUAAACAAAAUAGUUACUUCUUUAUGAAAACUUACAUAAUCUUACUUUGGAAGAAAUCAUAAUAGUGAGAAACUGAACAUUUUGGUUCCAUGGAACAAAUAUAUGUAUUAAUAAUCACGUAUUGUAAAGAAUGUAUCAUAUCGCGCAUUGUAAAAUGCAUUUUUUGACGAUUUUUUUAAGAACUAUAAUUAAAACUUUUUGAGAAAUUUUAUACUUGUAUUUUAGAAUUUUAUACUGCUCAAACCAAAAGCCAAAUUUUAACAAGUAUUAUGAAUUAUAUAUAUAAUUUUGUAUGUACAACACACUUUAUAAAAAAGACUUGAAAUUAGAGUCCAAUUAAAUAUUGUCUGCAAUUAUCUAGCUUAAAAAACGUCCAGCAGUAAUAUGAUGUAGAAUCACACCUGUGAUAAAAAAUUUAGGUCUAUUGUAUUAUAUUUCAUAUUAACUUUUGAUCAGUUAAGUAUAGAAUAUUUUCAACAU